AUGCCCAGAAGGCACGCUGCUUCCGGCGAUGCCUCGCCAGCUUCGCAGGACACCAUCAAUGUCGCUCAGCCGCGGCGAUCUCGUCCGCCGCCUCGUCUCAAACUAAAAUUACCACCUAAAGAACCAGUCUCUGAACCAGAGGAAUCCUUUACUCGGCCCAAAAGGAAGAUAUCGAGACCUGCCAGAUACCUGGACAAUGUGUGCGAACCUCUGACCAAGAAGCGAAGGACCACCACAGCUUCCACCAUGUCUCUACAGACAGCAACUUCUCCUCCUCCAACUUCCGAAGCACCGAUCGGGAGCUCAUCAGAUCCUAUCUUGCUGACCUCUUCAGAGCUUGUCGAUAAGAGCGACUAUGCUGACUCUAACGAAACUCAGCAUGCUGGCUAUGGUGCUGAUUUCUUGAACAACUUUAUCGAUGAUACUCCUCGUUCUUCCUUGUCUGCACUUGACUCGGUUAUUGGUUCGGAGAAAGGUCAUAAGUUGCAUCCCGAGUAUCUACCAGAGUCGGAUGGUCUACCGGAAGCUGCUGCCGUGGUGUACGACACCUUUACUGAGCUCACCAGCGAAUCACCGACUAAACAAGUUCAAAGUCCAAUCGUCUUGUCAAGUUCAUUCUCGUCGAUCCCGCAACAGCUUGAUAGUCCCGAAAUCGUUAUCGAGAAGCUCCAGAAUGCUUGUCAUGCUUUACAGGGAUUGAACAUGCCAAAUGUCUCACCACAACAUCAAAUGCCAUUGACUGGCCUCAAAGAUAUUGGAGAACAUGACAGUGUUGACGCCUUAUUGGCCGCUGCCGCUGGAUGCCAACAGGUCGAAGAUAACCAAGAAACGGGUUUGACUGGAUCGUAUGCUGGGGAGCCAGAUCAAGAAAUCAGCCUUCUCAUCAGCAAAGCUAUCGAAAUACUGCGUUACCACCUUGCCACCAUUCGCAGACUUGCAGCAGAUCAGAAACGAUCACCUAGUCAGGGAAAGCACUCCAAGGACACCAAUUGGAACACCAAUACGGAACAAUUAAUUUUGUCUUCACUCGAGCCACUGUUGUAUGGUGGGGCGACAAACAUUGGCUGUAUCAUCCCAACCAAGCGUGCAAAUUUGCUAUCGCAACUGUACUCGCAGCUGAUCCACUUCGUUACUGCACCUCACGUCGCCCUGUCUAGGACAGUUCAAUUGAUUCAGCACCACGAGAAUGACUCGAGCGCUCAGCGGCGUGUCGUGGCUCCCUCAAAAGAGCGUUCACACAGCCAACUUAAGAAGACCAAGGCAGUCAAAGUUCCUGUCCCACACAAAUUCCUGUCUCGCCAGAAGAACCCGAGUUAG